AUGUCUUCACUCAAACUCGCCGUGUGCGGUAUCCUCGUCAUCUCGGCUUCGUGCAACUCCGUGAACUUCGUGAACACCCAAACGGAUGCUCUUCGUCAGGCCAAGACCCUGCAUGCAUGCUGGGAGCCAGUAAACUUCGAGAACCCAGCAGCAGGAUAUAAAUUAUCGGAACCGAUCUACGAAUAUUGUUCCAUUAUGUUCAACCCAAUUCACGAAUCGGAGGCCUUUGUUAACGGAGUCGAUUUAGAAUCAGACAACUACGAAAAGUUCGAGAACCACUUCGCCGAAGGAACGGGAAACUACGCCGUUCUCAGUAUCUGCUCUCAGGAGGCUUUCUCCUUCCAAGGCCCAACCAAGAAGGCCCAGACAUCAUUGAGAUGCCUUUGUAAGAGAAGCGGAUGUAACAUCCCAAAACCCCUCAACGAUUUCCUCAAGUUCAACCAACACCCCAUCAACUUGGAAUAA